AUAUAACUGCAUGUUAUUGCUUUGGGGCUCUUCUGUUGGUUGUUGCUUCUAGUUGUAUCUUCUAUCCAGUUAGGUCAGGACUCAGAAGUAGUGUCAAUUAGGCUAUCUAGCGUGCUGUUGGCUAAACUAAACUUUCCUCUUCACAACUGCCUCAGUCUCCACUCUCCUAUUAGUUGAGUUGACUAAGAUACCCAUCAGUCCAUCGGGUUUAGCCUAAUCUCUUGGCUUCAUACCCAUCAGAGGGACACUCAUCUCCUGCUCCUUCGCCAGAGUGAAGAUGUCUCUCCAGGCUCCUCUCCUACCUGCAGUGGUCCUGUCUCUGGUUCUGGUUGUGUUGGCUCUGACAGGGCUGUCCCAUGCCCAGCUCCAGCCCAAGGCUUCUGUCCUGGAUUUCUCAGCCAGCCUGGGUAACCUCCUCCCCAGCCUCAGCCGUCCGGCCAACUCCAGCCGGAUCUUCUACGGGGUAAUGUUUGACGCUGGCAGCACUGGGACGCGCAUCCAUGUCUACACCUUCAUACAGAAAGACCCUGAGGAGUUACCAGUGUUGGAUAAUGAGAUGUUCCAUUCCAUCAAGCCUGGUCUGUCGGCAUACGCAGACAUACCUGAAAUGGGUGGGUACACAGUGAGGCAGCUUCUGAAGGUGGCGAAGAAGACUGUCCCACAGCUGGAUUGGAAGAGAACCCCACUGGUCCUGAAAGCUACAGCAGGACUCAGGCUGCUGCCCCCAGAGAAAGCCCAGGCUUUGCUGGAACAGGUGCAGGACGUGUUUGAUGAAUCUCCCUUCUUCGUCCCAGACGACAGCGUCAGCAUAAUGGAUGGUACAAAUGAAGGAAUUUUGGCAUGGGUUACUGUGAACUUUUUGACAGGUCACCUGUAUGCUGACACCAGGGAGACAGUGGGGAUUCUGGAUCUGGGGGGUGGAUCGACUCAAAUCACUUUUCUACCCAAAUUCAAGAAAACCAUUGUAAGUUCUCCUGCUGACUACAUUGCCAGAUUUGACAUGUUCAACUCUGCAUAUGAACUGUACACUCACAGCUACCUGGGUAAUGGACUGAUGGCAGCCAGACUGGCAGCCCUAGGAGCACUGGGGGCAGAAGGGUUGGAGUGGAGAGUGUUCAAAAGCUCCUGUCUGCCCAAGAAGUUCAGAGAGGAGUGGCGCUUUGGAGGACUCACCUACACAGUCAGCGGGAUACCUGAUGGUUAUGCGGGAUACAAGCUGUGUUACCAGGAGGUGUUGAAGGUAGUAAAGGGAAUAGUUCACCAGCCCUAUGAGUUGAAAAACACCAGUGUGCUCUACGCUUUCUCCUACUACUUUGACCGAGCCGUGGAUGCAGGCCUUAUUGACGGGACCCAAGGAGGAAUGCUGGAGGUCAGAGACUUUAAGAAGGGAGCUAAAGAGGUGUGUAACAAGAUGUCUAAGUACCGUCCUGUCAGCCCCUUCUUGUGUAUGGACAUGACCUACAUCACCUGUCUGCUCAAAGAUGGCUUCGGCUUCAAGGAGAACACUGUACUGCAGCUGACUAAGAAGGUGAACAACGUUGAGACAAGCUGGGCUUUAGGUGCCAUGUUCAAACACUUCCAGAACCUAAAGAUCCACUGAGAGCCAUAAGCCACAGGGUUGGGUGGGCAGGUGGGAUCACAUGGACUGUCAACAAGAAAUGGACUGAGGAAUACUUCUUUUAAACUAAUAAGCCUUUGUGUCUUGUAAUGUUUUAAAGAUAUGCCAUAUUUGGAUUUUACAUUUGAGAUGACAUUACAAUUGUUACAACUAUUUUGUUACCCAACACACAUGACUGGUACUAUAGUUCAGUAGGUCUGUUGUUUUCAUGUGACUGGCUGCUAUACUGUAGCCUUGUAUUUUAUAUAUAAAGCACUGGGGGCUGAAACUCAACAUAGUUGUGUUACUGCAAAUACUGUACAAAUCUGGAUAUUUUGACCAUCUGAUAUCAGUUAGGUCUGAUCUUGAUUUUCAUAAAAAAAAUAGAAGCUGGUAUGUGUGUGUGUAUAGAGUGUGUUUGGAAAAAAAUAGUGUUCCAAUAGCAGCUUGUGAGUUUGAAACUGUUUCCUUAAUGAUUGGGGACUGAGUACAUUUCUGUGGAGUACAUUUUCAAAUAGUUUUGUCAGCUAUUGAGUAUUGCAGAAGUUCAGCUCCAUAAUGCGAUUGAAAUGGUCAUUUCCGAUUGAGCCGACAUAUGCAGCGUUUACCGUGAACAAAGUCUCAAUGUGGAUACAUUGCCUUGAAUUUCAAAUCCCGCUUUAGUGCUAAACUUCAACGAUAGAAAUUGAUUCGAGCUCUUGAUUAAUGUGAAUUAAACUAAAAAGCAUCAGCCUUAAUAUUGUUUAGCAAAAGAUUACUGCAUUUUAGCCUUAUCUGCACCCAGGUAAGCUUACACAAUUGAUUUAGUAUGUUGUUUAAACAAUGACAAACACAUACAUUGUUAAUUAAAACAUUAUUUGUAUACAUUUCU